AUGCUGUUCGCCGCUUCGCUCAGCCUUUUGGCGCUUCCGGUCAGUCAAGUCAUUGCUGGCCUGGUCAUCACUCGUGAUGAUCCCGCGAAUGCGGCAAAUACCACCAACUGCAAUGGCAAGCUGUAUACCUACGAAGCGCUCGCGGGUUACGGGAAACUAGUUAGCGACGCCCGUGAUAAGUUCGGCGACACCAUUGGUGGCAUUGGAAGUGCUAUUGCAUUCGAGAAGAAGUCUUGGAAGUACAAGAAAGGCGCCUACCAGGGUGUCGUUUGGGGCCUGCCUGACCGUGGCUGGAAUACUCAGGGUACCCAAAAUACUCAGACUCGCAUCCAUAAGUUCAGUGUCACCUUUACACCAGUCGAAGCGACCCUCGAGAAGCCGGCCAGUCCGAACUUUCAGUUCUCUUACGUCGACACCCUUCUCCUUACCGGACCUGACGGUACGCCUUUGACAGGUCUUGACCCUACUGAGACCAUCACUUAUCCAGGGUUUCCUACCCUUCCUCUUGCCAAAUACACCGGUAACGGCUUUGGCCAGAAUGGCACUGGCGAUGCCCGUGUUCCGCUAGAUACCGAAGGACUGGUGCUCGGAGACGAUAAGUCUUUCUGGAUUAGCGAUGAAUACGCCGCCUAUGUCUACCAAUUCAACAAGAGUGGCAAGAUGAUCAAGGCCAUUCGUACUCCAGAGUCCUUUGUUCCCCGUCGUAACGGUACCGAGAGUUUCAACGCGGCCUCUCCACCAAUCUACGACCCAGAUCUUGAGAUCACGCCUGAAGACCCAGACAGUGGCCGAGGCAACAAUCAAGGCCUGGAGGCUCUGACCGCCAGUCCAGAUGGCAAGUAUCUCUACACCAUGCUCCAGAGUGCUACAAUCCAGGACGGUGGCAGCUCUGCGAAAAAGCGUCGCAACACUCGCCUUCUCAAGUAUCGCAUCAAAGACGACACAACCACGCUAGAGGCCGAGUAUGCUGUUCAGCUUCCUGUCCUACCAACAGGACGCGUCGCUAGUCAGUCCGAAAUGCACUACAUCUCCGAAACGCAGUUUCUCGUCCUAGCACGCGACUCCAACGCCGGCCAUGGCGCAGAAAGUACGGAGUCCAUCUACCGCAACGCGGAUGUAAUCGACAUAUCCAAAGCUACGAACGUUGCAGGUACAGCGGCUGAUGCCAUCAGUGGACAGAUCGCAAGCAAAGAUGGCGUGUUGAAGAGCAGCAUCGUACCUGCUACCUACUGCCCAUGGCUUUCUUACAAUAACAACGAUCAGCUGGGCAGAUUCGGUCUCCACAAUGGCGGCGAACAAGACGCAAACCUGCUGAACGAGAAGUGGGAGAGCUUCGCAAUGUUGCCUGUUAACAAGGAUGACAAAAUCGGUAGAAGCGAAAGGCAAGAUGAGGAUGAAGGAAAGCAGUACUACCUAGUCUCUUUCUCGGACAACGACUUCAUCACUCAGAAUGGCAAGUUGUUUGCCUUUGGAUCCAUGGCUUCAUACUAA